CUCCCUCCAUUUCUCUCCCCCUCUAUGCUGUUUCCCAUUCUUGAAGACUUGCCUGUGAAACGAGAGAAAUAGACAUUGAACCGAGGAAAAACACAGAGGGAGUAAUAGUGUGUUAGAAUUUAGAAUAUUUCCUUCCCCUUACCCUCACUAUCUCUCCAUCUUCAUCCCCCGUUUUUCUUUAAUGGAUAGAAAUUAUCCUGGUACAGGAUUUGGUGAUUUGGGCGCAGGAACGGGAUGGAGUUAUGAGAGGUCGGCGAAGGCAAGUCUGGUGUAUGGGAGCUCCAGGUCAUCCCACCCAGAUUCUGAGCUUCUCCAUCGGCAAGCAUAUGCUACGCCCCACCCUUUGCAGGGCUAUGCAGCCAAUCACCACCCAGCCAGCUCUGGGCAGGGGGGUGCCUGGGGGGCAGCCGGGCGAAGUUUGGGGCUCUCUGGCCUGUUUGACACUGGCUUGCACCAUGCCAGCCCCUCUGGUCCCGAUGCCUCCGUCAUGAACCUAAUUUCAGCUCUGGAGUCCAGGGGUCCACAGCCUCCCCCCUCUGCCUCAUCUCUCCUCUCGCAGUUCCGCACCCCGUCAUGGCAGACAGCCAUGCACACCCCAGCCCCUGCCGAGCUCUUCAUUUCUGGUGCCCUCCCUGGGUCUGGCAGCUUCCCCUCCUCCUCUGCACUCUCUGCCUACCAGCACCCCGCCUCGUUUUCGGGGCGCUCCUUCCCCGGGGUCACCCCCUCGCUCUCCCUCCAGGACACACCCACAUUCAGUCCCACGUCGAACGGACUCCUUUCCCCCCACGACCCACUGUUGCACAUCAAGACCCCCUCUCAGUCCAGUUUAGGCUUUGACCGCCUGCUGUCCUCGCAAGGUGCAGCUUAUAGAGGAGGGCAGGACCCCACGGGUCCCCCGCUGCCCCCUCCCCAAGCCCCCUCUAGCUCCUCCACCCGCCACCUGCCCCCGCCCCAGUUCAACCUCCUCUCUUCCCAGCUCCAGGACCAGUCCUCCCAGCUGUACAACGCCUCUGUGUUCUCCUCGGCUCCGGCUCCUCCCCAGCCGCCGCCCCAGGAAAGGGCCAUCCCCAGGCAGGACAGCGUGAUUAAGCACUACCAGCGGCCCUCCCCCUCCCAGCCCCAGCUGUCCUCCUCCACGCCCCACUCCCUGCAGCACUACCUCAGCUGCGGGACGUCUGGGUAUCAGCAGAUCGCCCACCACAGGCACACGGGAGUCUCCUGCAGCCCCCUGGGUGACCAGAGCCCUUCCUCUGACCCCAAACCCUCCCCCAGGUCAGAUCAAGUGUACCGCCCCAUCAUCCAGCCACCCUACACCCCCUCCACAUCAUCCUCCUCCUCGGGGGGCGCGGGUAAGGGGGCAAAGAGCAGCUCCAGCAGCGGCUACUCCUCCUCCGGGUCGGGGUCCUCGUCCCGCACCCCCCACACACCUCCCUCUGCCUCGUCCACGUCGUCGUCCUCGUCCUCGUCAUCCUCUUCCAACUCCAACCCCACCUCCAACUCCACCACCGCCCCCUCCAGACAGCAGCCCCCGCCGCAGUCUGCCCCCCCUCCACCCCCUCCGCCGCCCCCACCCGCCUCCUCCGCCUCUGCCCAGCAGGCCCCUCCCAAACCCUGCCUCUCGGGCUACGGCUCCCCCGUCGCCCCGGUCAAGCCGUCAGCGACGCUCUCCGGCCAGACCCCACCCCAGCAGCAGCCCCAGUCAUAUUCCCCCAGCCAGCCCCCUUCCUCGCACCUCUCCCAGCCCUACGGGGGCUUCAACUCCCCCCAAGCGCAGGACCUGAGCUCAGGAGGGGGCGCUGGGAAAGGGUACGGGAGCUUGGGGGGAGCAGGGCGGUCGUUUUCGGCAGAGGUGGUGUACGGGGCAGAUUCGGGGUACGGCUCGCUCCCGCCUUCGCUUGGAGGAGCUGGGAGUCCCUCCCUGGGCUACGGUGGACCGGGACACUCCCCUGCUCUUUUAGGGUCAGGAGGGGGUGGAGGCUCAGCGGGAGGGAGCACAGGGUCUGGAGCAGGUGGCAGUGCGGGCGGAGGUGCUGGUGGAGGUGGUGGAGGGUCGGGAGGAGGAGGCAGCAGCGUAGGGAGUGGAGGUGGAGGCAGCUCCUACCACCUCCCAGACUCCAGCCCCUCCCCCUCGGGCAACUCUGGAAUAAUCCGUCCAGGGCUGCACUCUCCCGCCCCUACCCGCCCCGCUCAGUCCCCCGGGGGAGCAGGAGGCAACAAAUACCUCUCCUCCGUCCUCUCCCCUGCCUUCCUGUCCUCCCCGCAGGGCUACCCUGACACCCGAGGACCCCCUCAGGCGUACCACCCUACUCCUCCCAAAGCUAAGUCUGACCCUGACAUGCUGGGAGUGCAGAGAUCACAAGAAGAUGAAGACGAUGACGACGACUUUCUGAUCCAGCACCUCCUGCAGGCCCAGAGCCCAGCACCCCACCCCUCCCAGCAUCACCCCCAGCAGCCUCCGCAGCCGCCCCCCCCUCCCCAGCCCCAGCCCCUCUCGCAGGCCCCGGACAGCAGCAAGGGCCUGGCGUACGAACUGAGCAAGAGCUCUGAGGAGAGGUACCACCUCCAGAGCGUCAUCCGCACGAACAGCGCUACGUCCUCGGCCGGCGUGCCCGCGGCGGGGGCGGGAGGGGCAGGGGGGGGUCUCGACGGCCAGCUGGAGAUGUCGAUGAAGAAGCAGCAGCAGGCGAAGAAUGAGAGAGGAGGAGCGGGAGGCAGCUGUGGGGGGAGAGGGGGCGCAGACCAGACGCACCCCCACCCCCACCCCCACCACCACGACUCCAUGGGCUCGGUGGUGCACUACAGCCGGGCCGACCCCUACGCUCAGCACCCGCUCCCGCACCACCCCUCGCACCAUCAGCACCCCCAGCACCCCCACCCUCACUCCCACCCCCACCUCGAGCUCAAAAAGCCCCAGGACCCGUCGGAUUUGCCCUACCUGCGCAAGACCCCCGACCUGCAGCAGCAGCAGCGUCAGCAGCAGCAGCAGCAGCAGCAGCGACAAUCCCAGGCUAACCUCUCCCUCAUGGAUUCCCCUCCAGACCAACCCCAGCAGCCCCCAUCCGCCCACCUCCUCCAGUCUGUGCUGUCCCACUCCGCCCGCAAUAAGAUGGACCCGCAGGCGCAGCAGCAGCAUUCGAUGGGCCCGCAGGCCAUGAUGGGGGGGGCUGGAGGGGGGGCGGGAGGGGCGGCAGGGGAGACCCAGCCCCAGUCCUCUCAGCUGCAGCUCCAGCUCCAGUCCCAGGCUUUGGAGGCCCAUUACGGCCGCGGGCCCCAGCGGGACCAGAGCCAGCCCGGCCAGAACUCGGUGUCGCCGUUAGACAUGCUGGAGCACUCCCUCUCUCAGACCUCCGGCAGGGAGGUGGGCGGAGGCGCGGAGAGAGGCGGAGGAGGAGACGGGGGUGGCGGCGACCGACACAGGCAGCAGCAGCAGCAGCAGCAGCAACAGCAGCAUAGACUCCCACCCCAUCACCAGCCUCACCAUCCCCCGCACCCCGCCUCCGAGCUGCACGACUUCCUCUCCGAGCCCGACCUGGGCUUAUCGGCCCCUUCCCACUUGCACCACAUGGCCCCUCACCACCCGCCGCACCCCCACCCGCAUCACCAGCACCCGCACUCCCACCACCCCCACCCCCACGCGCACCCGCACCACCUGGCCGGCAGCGCCGGCCCCCCCCAGCAGCAGCCGCAGCGGGAGCCGGACGCCCCCAUCCCCCAGGCCCAGCUGGAGCAGCUCAAGGAGCACCAGUUCGACACCGGGAGCCCCGUGGGGAAGCCAGGUCAGAACCAGCAGCAGAGGUUCGUUCCUCUGACCUCCAUCUGCUUCCCCGACUCCCUCCUGCAGGACGAGGACCGCUCCUUCUUCCCGGGGAUGGAGGACAUGUUCUGCUCGGACGACUACAAGUCCAGCUGCAGCGGAGGCGGAGGGGCAGCCCAGGUGGGGCAGGAAGGGGUUCCGGACGCACGCCGGGGGCAGGAGGGCAUGGAGGGGGUUAAGAACUCCGGAGUGGGCGGAAGCUACGACAUGCUGGGACACCACAGCGAUCAAGGGUACGGGCAGUACUGCCACAGCCUCUCAGAGUCCGGGAAUGGCACCAUGCACCUGGACCUGGACUCCCUGAAAGCGCAUGAGCUGCCGUCCACGGUCAACACCGAGCAGCUGGGCCUGAUCCAGUCCCAGAGCUCCAGCAUGGGGAUGGGAGGAGCUGGGGCCAACGACGGCUCAGGGAACAAGAUGCUGGGAGGGGCGGGGUUGGGAGGAGCGCCCAACACCGGCGGGCUGACCUCGCCCAUUUUCUGCUCCUCUCGACCCAAGAAGCUCCUGAAGACCAGCUCGUUUCACCUCCUCAAACAGAGGCGCGACCCCAACUCCCUGCCAAAAAAGAACUAUGCACAGGAGUACGAGUUCGAAGACGACGAGGACAAAGCAGACGUGCCAGCAGACAUCCGGCUGAACAGCAGGAGGCUCCCAGACCUACUCCCAGACCUGGUGUCCAGUUGUAGGAAGUCAGGAGGGGCUCUGAGUCCCCUAAUGGGGGACCUAGACUUUUGCCACCCUUCUCAGUACUCCUCCCUGGGCCCGCCCCCACAGCUUAUGCACCAGGAUGGGCCUAAGAAGAGGGGCCGAAAACCCACCAAACCUAAAAGGGAAGGCCCCCCGAGGCCCAGAGGCAGACCGCGAAUUCGCCCCCUGCCAGAGCCCCCCCACUGCAGAGCGAUGAUGGGAGGAAUGGGGUCAGGGUUCGGAGGAGAGAGCCGCAGGGGCAGAGGGAGGGGCAGAGGAAGAGGCAAGAGAGAAGAUGCGAUGAUUGACAUGCACAGAGCUGCCACAGAGGCCAAUAAAGGGCAGCACCCACAUCUUCAACAGCAACCCCAUCAACUGCAGCAGCAGCAUCAGGAGCCCAUCAGACCCAUCAAGAUCAAACUGCCCGUGCCCCCUGCAGCCUCCUCUGAUCCCAUCCUGAGAACUGACUCCCUGUCCAGCACCGACCCGGUUCUGUCAGAUGGGUCAGUCGGGUCGGCCCCCUCUCUGGGUCUGAGUCCUGGACCCACAGGGAAUCUGGACAUGAACAGAAACCAGGAGAAGAUCAAACAGAAAGCCCAAGAGGUGGACGAGAAACAAUCAGAGAUGAAGUCUGGCUUCAUGGCCUCCUUCCUGGACUUCCUGAAAUCGGGGAAAAGACAAAACGCUCCUGGGGCUGUCAUGGGGCCAGGGGUGUCCGGAGGGCCUGAGAGCGCCAACUCCUCCCCCGGCAAAGCCGGAAUUCACCCCCUGUCCCCGCCCCCUCCUCCGCCACCCCCGCCUCCCCCUCCUCCGUUCGGGGAGGGAGACGGGGAAGGAGGGCUGGGUCUCAGCAACUGCCCCAGCCCCUGCAAGAGGCUGGACGAGGAGCUGAAACGGAACCUGGAGACCCUGCCCUCCUUCUCCUCGGACGAGGAGGACUCCGUCAGCAAGAACCAGGACCUGCAGAAGAGCAUCUCCUCUGCCAUCUCUGCCCUCUACGACACGCCCCAGCCCCCGCCGCUGGCCCCGCCCCCUCUAGACCCGUCCCCGCCCCCCCAGCAGGAGCCUCCGCCCCUCAGCCCCCCGCCUGCCCCAGAUAUGAGCACGCCGUCCCCGGAGGCUGCAGAGCUGGAGAGGCAGGAUGACAGGGAGGAGGAGGAGGAGGAGGAGAGGGAGGAGGAGAGGGAGGAGGAAGAGGAGGAGGAGGGGGUGGAAGAGGAAGAGGAACAGAAAGUUGAAGAGAGGAGGGAAAGCGCGGAUGAAGAAGAGAGAGAACCAGAGCUGGAGCUGCUCGGUGUACCUAAGGUGGAUGAUUCCCCCUCUGAACCUCCUCCUGCGCCAGCACCCCCAUCGCCUCCGUCUCUGUCCCCGUCUCCCCCUACUUCAUCGUCUCCCUCCCCUCUCCCUCCGCCCCCCCUCUCUCUCCCAUCCCCCCUCCCCCUGCAGGACGAACAGCACGACCAGCAGCCAUCCCAGCCCACCAGCCCCCUCCCCCCUUCCCUCCCCUCUCCUUCCCCUCUACCUCCGACUCUCCCUCCAUCCACCACGCCUCCCCCGUCCUCCUCCCCUCCCCCCGACCCUUCCCCACCCUCCCCGCCGUCACCCCCUACCCCAGAAGAUGCCCCCGCGCCCCAGAUAACGCCCCUGCACUUGGCCAAGAAGCAGGCGAACGCGGCGAUCGCUGGAGAGAGCGAGGAGGAGGACAGCGAGAGUGGGGGCGAGGGCAUAUUCCGAGAGAGGGAUGAGUUUGUGGUGCGGACGGAGGACAUCGGCACUCUCAAGCUGGCCCUGCAGACAGGCCGGGAGCCACCACCAAUCUGGAGGGUCCAGAAAGCCCUGCUGCAGAAAUUCACCCCAGAGAUCAAGGAUGGACAGCGCCAGUUCUGUGCCACCAGCAAUUACCUGGGGUACUUCGGAGAUGCCAAGACGCGGUACCAGCGGCUGUACGUCAAGUUCCUGGAGAACGUUAACAAGAAGGACUACGUGAGGGUGUGCUCCCGAAAGCCCUGGCACAGACCAGCACUUACCCUGAGGCGUCAGACCCUCCCCAAGCCCGUGGCCCCUCCUCGCAGUCAGACCCCGCCCCGCCCGGAGAGGGAGGAGAAGGAGCGAGAGCAGCGGGAACAGAGGGAGAAGGAGCAGCGAGAGAGGGAGAAGGAGAAGGAGAAAGAGAAGGAGAGGGAAAGGGAGAAACAGAGGGAGAGAGAGAAGGAAAAGGAGAAGAAACUACCACCAACGCAGGAGAAAGUGGAAAAGAAAGGAGGAGGAGGAGCCGAUCGAGGGAGGGGCAGGGAAGACAGGAAAGGAGGAGGGGAGAGGAAAGUGGAGCGGCCUACUAGGACGAGGCCGGUGAAGAUGAAGGCGGAGCCUCCGCCCAAGAAGAGGAAGAAGUGGCUGAAGGAGGUUCCCUCCUCGUCUGAUUCUGAGUCCUCGCCUGACCCCCCCAGUGAGGAGGAUGUAGUAUCGGUGAGAGGAGUGAACAGCCGGGCAAUGAGGGAGAUGUUCCGCAGCUAUGUGGAGAUGCUGGUCAGCACUGCACUGGACCCUGACAUGAUCCAGGCCCUGGAGGACACUCACGAUGAGCUGUACCUGCCCCCCAUGAGGAAGAUCGACAGCAUCCUGAACGAGCAGAAGAGAAGGCUGCUGAGGAGGGUCAACAUAAACUCUCAACACCAGGAAGCUUUGCACACUUUCCCCCAGAUGACUGCGGACCCCAUGGAGUCAGGGGCGGUAAAGGUGCGGCUUUGCGGCGAGGGAUACAAUCGCAAAACACUGAACCGGGUCAAGAGGAGUGUGCCAAAACAACAGGACCUUAAGCUGUCAACAGAAACAUGUCGAAUCUACAGUCUUUAUCACUCUCUGCAUCAUUACAAAUAUCACACCUUCCUGCACUGUAAGAGAGAGACGGACACCAUCGAGCAGGCAGCGGAGGACCCAGGCCAGGAGGAGGUGGUGCAGCAGUGCAUGGCCAAUCAGGGCUGGCUGGAGACACUCUUCAACUCCUUCAUCGAGCUGCUCACGCUCAGCGCGAAGGCCUGAGACGGUGACGGGGGAAAGAGCAAGGGAAGACGGAGGCUCUGGGUGCAAAGGAUUGGGAGCUGGAGGAGAGCGCGAAUGUGUGGUCAGGAAGCGGGCAGCUCCGUUCUGCAGGUUCCGGUGGGCCCCUCUGUGGGUUCUGGGCUACGCUUAAAGCUGGAGUCUGCUUAGCUGCCAGUGAAAGCCCAGUUGAGGAGAUAGCAGGACUGUUGCAUCCCUCUCUUAGGGGGAAAUGAAGGAAUGGAGACCUCGGGAAGGAUGAAGACCUACAGGAACUGGAAUUGUCCAGGCCUGGAGUAGGUCCACAGUUAUCAACUACAGAGUAACCCUGAGUGUGUUAUCAGAGGGUGGAGGGCUAAAAGCUCAGUACACACAGGGCGGAGGGAGAGGUCAGAUCAGGUAAGGCAGAGGUACCGAUAUGUACAGGUAGAUGGGAAUCUGUAUGUGCGACAGGUGUUUUAGCUUACAUUUUUUUGCCAGAUGAUAACAUAUGAGAUCUUACAAGUGAGUGCAAGGAGAGGGAGGAAGAGGAAGAAGUAUGAAUGUGAUCGCAUUGAUUGAGAAGAAAUGAUUGGGUGCGUGGGAAUAUCGGCUUAGACCUGAGCAGGAGCUAGAAGAUGUGGUUAUACAGUUCAACAAUGCAGGCAGUGACAGUUGGCUCAGUUCCACAUAUGUAUAUGUGGGACGUCUAUAUAUACGUAUAUAAAUAAUUGUGAUUAUUUAUAC